AUGUUGGCUUGCCGAUCCACCCUGCGGCCGAGGUCUAUCCCGACCAAGGCUACGGCCUACAGUGGCUUGGGUCCCAGCAGCACCACUUCGCUGAGGAACCGACAUCGCCAUCAAACCCGUGCCUUUCGCUUUGGAAUGUGGUCUUCCUAUCUCGAUCCUCAGUUCCAGAAGGAAGUUCGACGCCGACAUCGAUCGCUGAAGUACAAGUACGUCGAUUCAGUCAACAGGAGGCUAUCGUGGGACCAGCAUCCUCUUACCGCGGACCCCAAAACCAUCCUGAAGCACACUGUGCCUCGAUAUUGGUGUCCAUCCGCAGCAAGAUAUACCCCGCGGCGAUAUGGCACACAUGAUGGGUCGGACACUCGGGAGAAGCCUGUUCGGGGGGACCCAUAUGUCAGAGGUUCACGCACAAAUGGGGCAUCAACCCCUGAUUCCUGGACCAACUAUGGAUCCUGGAAAUCGCAUAUCGACCAUGUGGUCAACCAUUGGUCUAAAGUAGCCUCCGAAGGCGUUGAGCGAGCAAGUGCAAAUAUGGGAUCAGGAGGUACGCGAGCAAGCGCUGCUGCGGAAUCGGACACGCGCGAGAGAAGCAAGCCGGCGGCGUCGGUGUCUUCUGUUAAGGAGGACUAUGUGAUCGACCCCAUCACCAAUCGCAGAGUCCAGAAAACAGGACAUGGAUAUUCGGGGCAUGAAGACGAUCACCCGUCCAAGUCUUUCAAGUCGUACAGAUCGCAGUUCACCAACUUCGCUCCCCCAGAAGCCGAAGAGGGUCGAACUCCUGUUUAUUCCGACGGCGGACCAUCCGCUUCCGAGCACAGCAAGUACCAGCAGCAAAAGUUCGAUGAGUGGUCGCCAGAAGAAAGCGGUUUCACAGAGCGAAGCAUGGCAUCAACCACCAGUUCUGGAGCUGACUCUCAAGCACAUGGCAAGGCACCUUGUUCACAAAGCGAGGAGUACUCCUUGAAUCACCUCCCGCCAGAGGAGCUAGAUGAGAAUUAUGAUGAUCUCGAGCAGUACAGACCUUCCAAAUUCGACGAGAUAGCCGACAAUACCCAUUCUACGACCAAGGCGCCCAGGGACUUGCAUGAAUAUAAGCCGUAUUUGUACGACGAGAACAUUUCGAAGCAAGACGCCUCGGAGCCACAAAGGGAGUUAGAUAAGUAUGGACCAUACAUGCACGACGAAGACGUGAACAACGAGAAACCAAGCAAGGUUUUGGAAGAUCUUGAAAAGUACAGGGCCUACAGCGAUGAAGAGACCGAAGAUGCGAAGGAUCUGGUGCCCAAGUAUGACGAUCUAGCCAAGUAUAAGUCAUUCAGCUUCCAAGACCUUGAUGGAAAGGCUGCCCUCGAGAGAGACGUCGUCGCAGAAAGCCUCAAACACUUCGAAGCCAAAGAGCAAAAGGGCAGCCCAGCCGACACACUCGGGUAUUCAGACAUCGGUCUCUCGGGGAUACUGCCAAGAAUGGACCUCCCCGUUGGGCAUGUCUUUUCCAGUUCAUAUUCGAGCGCCUUGCCGCCUAAAGAUGCCAGUGCUGUUAGCUCCACGUCGGCCACUCGACAGGACUUAGACAAGUUCUUGAACACUCACAAUGAAGCAUCGGAUGCAGUGGAUAGGGAGAUCAGUGCAGAACUGCAUAAUGCUGGCCUGAGAGCCGAGGACGAGUGGCCCGAACGAAACCAACAAACACUUACAGGAAACUACGUUCGGGAUUUCCCCGAGGACUUCGCUUCGUCUUGGGAUGUUCACAAGCCACUGCUGAACCGUGUUGACCCGGCGUAUGAGCAAAUCGAGGCAAAGGUCCAAGCUGAUGAGAAAAUGUACUCAGAGGGUCUGGUGAGUACUGCGAAUUCCUCUAAGCUGGAACCUGCUCUGGGUCGUCACAACGGUAAACCCAACAUGGGGAGAUUGGAACCUGCACUGGGCCGACUUGGACGUCGGGUCACAGGUCAUCCUUCGGCGCGACAGUCGGACAGGGACACUGGCUCCGAUCCAUACUCGAAAGAACCACAAGGUUUGGAGACGUCGUACGCCGAGGAAUGCGGUGGAAGGCAAACGUCGCCCGUGUAUACGAAGUCUUAUGGGACCGAGCUAGGCCAGGUACCCUCCAAAUCUCAGGCAACUGAGCAGAAGAUACAACCACGCAUGGAGGCUUCAUCAGAGCCACCCUACUUCAGGGACCCCGAAGUCGAUGGCUUCCCAUCUGCUUCCGCACUCGAACCAGCUGCACGACCUGAACCAGUCCCAACUGACGAGCCAACGGUCUACAAGAUACUUGCAUAUGAUCCGAUCAUGCAGAAUGUUACCAUCGCCGAAACAACUUCUGUCGUGCCCGACCAGGCAUCUCCAUUGACCCCAGCGGAAGUGCUGCUCCGGUUGUCGAAUCCCAUGAAGUUCUUCCCGCACUUUGUGCCACUGCAAGCGGAAGGAUUUGAGAUUGUUGCAGGUGGUGGAGAUGUCCUGGUUUUCCGUCAAGUUCGGCACAGCAAAGCCCAAACCAUGAACACGCCACCGGUGAAUCCCAUUGAUAUGAUGGGCAAACCAACAGCGCUUCCCAACGCCGCAGCAUUCGCGUCGCCAACAGGGUUCGUGAACUACGACAUGCCGCGGGUUGAGGAAGAGGCACAGACACAGCAGUUCCGCUCCAAUAUCGACGUCAGGCGAGAGGAACCCGUCUUCAGUGGCUCCAAGACCUCUGCCAGGUAUGAAUCGUCCAAGGAAAAGAAGCGAAAUAUCGGCAAGAGAGUACUCUUGGGCGGCGCCUGGGUCGCUGGUCUUUCAUAUGCCCUCGGUGUCGUGAGCGAAUAUUUUGUUACAGGGGGAGUUGAUGGCAAGGGGCCGACUGGGUUCUGA